UACCUUCUAGCGGCUGGGCCCGGGACUGUUCGUGACGUCAUCACUGCUGGGGGUCCAUCUCGUGUCAUCCAAGAUGGCGUCGCAAGUAGUUGUGCCGCGGAACUUCCGGCUGAUUGAUGAACUCGAGGAAGGUCAGAAGGGUGGCGGGGACUUCGGGGGCCUCAUCUCCUGGGGCCUGGAGGAUGACGGUGACAUGUCCCUCAGAAUGUGGACAGGCAUGAUCAUUGGACCUCCCAGGACUCCAUAUGAGAACAGAAUGUACAGUCUAAGGAUAGAAUGUGGGGAUAAGUACCCCCACUCACCUCCUACAGUGCGUUUCUUAACGAAGGUCAACAUGACGGGUGUCAAUGUUAACACAGGAGUGGUUGACCAGAAAUCAGUACCAGUACUAAACCGCUGGCAGCAUACGUACUGCAUCAAGACUGUACUGCAGGAGCUGCGCCGGUUAAUGUCAGACAAGUCCAACAACAAACUGACACAGCCGCCCGAAGGCUCCUUGUUUCCCUGAGCGGCCGUCCGGAGGGAAAUCCGUUCUCUCGUCUCUCUCACGCAAAACCUCUGUCUCACAACCAACCAACCUUCCCCACCGAACAUGUGCUCAGUUUCAGGGGUGGCGUCAUCAGUAGUGCUCGGUGAUAGAAUGUUAGUGCUUUCCUGUCAUAAUCUUAACCUCAUCACCCCUUUCACAGAGAAAUAGUUCAGUCCACGUACUACUACUGGAACUCAGCACUCAAGGGCAGAGGGGUGGGAAGGGUUGGUACAUACAACUACCGAAUAAGAGCAAACACAUACACACAUACAUACAGAACUGCAACAACUUCUAGGACUGAACAAAUGAUCCGUACUAGUUUCUGCUGGGUGGUGGGCUGUACUACUACUACUAUAGAAGAUAGUUACUGUCUUCCUGCCCAUACAGAUGCAUGGUUGUGUUGUCAACAAUAAGUCAUAAAAUGCAUUGCUGGUAAUGUAAGCUUCUUAAAGCUAAAAGGGGGGGGGGGGAGGAAGAGGGGUGAUCAAGCUCUUUUGAUAGCUUUUGUGACGCAGAAAGAUGAAAAUAAGGCACUGAUAAAAUCCCUUCAGCAAAUAACACGAGCAUGAUGAAUAUGUUGGGCAGAAAGUUGUGAACUUAAGAAAAGCAUUGUUUUGGUAACAAGAAGAAAAAACAUGUUUCCUUUGUUUGAUUCCUAGUACUGGCAAUAGAAUAUAAGUUGUAAGUUGUCAUAUUUUUUGUCACCCCUUUGGUUUGUGUACUCUGUUGUGUACAAUACGAUGUUCAUUAGAAAUAAAUGGAAUGGUACUUACAAUCUGAAA